AUGUUUAUUCCUCUUCACGUAGCGGGGAUGCCGAUGCCUCCGGACUUCUACGACUGGGUUUCUUACGGAUCGCAACUACAGAUGCCUUUUGAUCUUCCUUCCACCGAUCUUGCAGUCCUGAUCGCCCGCUUUGUAGAAAUAUCUUCUUUCAUCAACAAUCACGUUGUUAGCGACGGCAAACCCAAGACGGCCAAUGUCAUCCAGCAACUCCUAGAAUUGGACGCUGACCUUUCGGCUUGGGAGGCGGGGCUGAAGGGGGAAUGGGAAUAUCGUGUCGUCCACGCGACCCAUUUGCCACCGAAGGCAGUCUUCCAGGGUGAAUACCACAAGUACCAUGAUGUCUGGACUGCUCGCAUAUGGAACUACUACCGAUGGGCCCGAAUACUGGUCAACCAGACCCUACUCGACUUGGCAAAUCAGAAUCCUGCAUCAAGUUUGUCCUUACUGUCAGCAGCUGCGCGCGACAAGCUCCUCAAGCUCAUACGAAAGCUUGCGAAGGACACCUUAGUCAGCGCUCCAACACAUUGGCGACACCCCGUUUUAGACGAGACGGCGCAGGUAACCGUGGAGAGUCCGGGAGGAGGGGGGGCUGGAUCAGCAGGACUGCCGGCUUUACUGUUUCACUUGAAAGUGGCAGGCUGCGCUCCUGGGGUCCCAAAAGAAUAUUGGGAAUGGUCGCUGGCUGUUAUUCAGACGAUAUGGAGUGACAUGGGCAUGCUACAUGCACGAUCGAUGAUGGAGGCCAUGCGAGCCCACGAAGACACGGUGCACAGGACCGGGGCAGCAGGCAUUCUCGCAGACGACUGGUGA